AUGUGCCUUUGCGAGGCCGCUCUGCAAGAUCGAGAGAAAAUUUCCUCGAGUAUUCUUGCUGUUUUCACCUUUGAUAACCUGGCCCGAGGACAGGACAGAAAUGCCGCUUUCUCCAUUGUGGAAGUUUCCAGGUCCGCACGGGAAGCUAGGAUCAGUGCACUUUGUGGUAAGUGCGGCUCAUCCGCGGGACUCGAAAUGGCCCACGACUUCUUCGGCAAAUAUAUAAGGUCCAGCUGGUCCUGUCUUCGACUCUGCUCGUAUGAUCCGACUGUAUGGCGACCAGUAGUCGAGGCCGCAAUGGUUGCUGAACUCAGAGAGGAAGGCAUGAUGGAAAUCCUUAUCGUGUGGAUCUUGUACAACACUGAAACACCAACUCGAAAUGCUCUCACCAGUGCGAUUGUACCCAGUGUCCCUUCUCGCAGGGACGAUUUCAAGCUCUCUACAAUCUUCGCCUCGCUAGCCAGCAUCACAUUUGCAUUCGCCAGCAUACUCGGAGCAAAUGCCGUUCAGACUGCAAUCUUCGAUGAAGAAGAGCAUUAUGAGAUGAUACUGAAAAGUAGUCGGAAAAUGCGGAUCAGUAAGUCAUCUGGAAUGGUUUCUACAUCAAAAGAGGUAAUUCUUGAUGAGGUACUGUCACAGACGCUGAUCCUUGCUGACCUCAAGGAUCGCAAAGCUCAAAGCUUGUCUCUUAUGGGUUUAGUAUCAGCAGUGAUAGCUGUAACAUCAUCUGUAAGCAUGCUUAGUGAGGAAAGGUUGGCGAUCUUCGAAGUCUUCGCAGCCCGAGGGCUGUCCUCAGAUAUUGACAACAGCGCAGCAUCCCGGUCUGGUGUGCAUUGGGCUUAUAAGACUGCCUAUGGUAAUGCGACGUCGCAGGGCGGCUUCGAACAACUCUUGCGACGUCGACUCGGUGAGCGCCAAGAAGGCAGGUGUGUCUUCUUCUGGCCUUAUGAGAUGAUAAGUGAACCAACAUUAGCAGAGGCAGGCACAACACGCACCUUCCACUAUCGGACUUUCAACUGA